UGGGGGGCGGAGCCGAGGCCUCCGGAGCGGAAGUGGGUUGCUGUCGAGGCGGCGGCGUCUGGCUGGAGGCUUCUCGUCGGCGGCUUCCGCAGGUGCUUCCGCGCUCGGGCGCCUCGGCGGCGGGGCCUGCCGGGCGGGGCCAGCCCCAGGGAUUGGAUACUGGAAAUCUCUUGGACUACAAAUUCCUGUGCUAGCCAGAGGAUGAGUAACCAGUGGGCAUGAGCAGUUGACGACAUUUGACUUCCCUGCAAACCUUGGUGUAGGUCACUUCCUUCUCUUAGGUUGGAGCCAGAAAGCACAAUGAGUACGAGAAAGCGUCGUGGCGGGACAGUAAAUUCUAGACAAGCCCAGAAGCGAACUCGGGAAGCAGCCUCCACCCCUGAGAUGGCCUUGGAAGCAGAACCCAUAGAACUCGUGGAAAGCACUGGUGACGAAAUAGUGGACCUCACCUGUGAAUCUUUAGAGCCUGUGGUUGUCGACUUGACUCACAAUGACUCUGUCGUGAUUGUUGACGAAAGGAGGCGGCCAAGGAGGAAUGUGAGGAGGCUGCGCCAGGACCAUGCUGACAGCUGUGUGGUGAGCAGUGAUGACGAGGAGCUGUCCAGGGACAGAGACGUGUAUGUGACCACCCACACUCCAAGAAACACCAAGGAAGAGGCAGCUACAGGACUCAGGCCCUCUGGUACUGUCAGUUGUCCGAUCUGCAUGGACGGGUACUCGGAGAUUGUGCAGAAUGGACGUCUCAUUGUUUCUACAGAAUGUGGCCACGUCUUCUGUAGCCAGUGCCUCCGUGAUUCCCUUAAGAAUGCUAGCACUUGCCCAACUUGCAGAAAAAAGAUCAACCACAAACGAUACCACCCCAUUUAUAUAUGAAGUGUUAAGAGCUGCUUAGGAGAGAUGGAUGGACAGACAAACAGCCUGCCUGGGUUCUCCAUGCAGCCUUACAUAGGUUAGCUGCCUCCAAUUUCCUGAGCUCAAAGACUGUCUUCAAAACCAACAUCUGAUAUGUAAUCUGCUCCUUUGUUUCCAACCCCCUCUUGGAUCCUUUCGUUACCUCCAGUAUGAUGGUGUGGAGCUGGGGCCAGGGCCCUCCCAGGCCGGGGCCUACAUCUCUGCUCCUCUGGGUGCUCCAGUUCCAGGGUAGGAGAGAGGGAGUCAGGCACAUUGGAAUUGAGAACUGUGGUUCCAGCCUCUCUGGAACCUGCACGUUUGCCAAGAAGUUUUCCCCAUUUGGAAAGUUUGCCCCUGCUUCCUAUUGGCAGUGUCAUCGAGGGGCUGGCCCUGGCCAGAGAGCGGAGCAGGUCCGCCCAGCUCUCCCGGGCGUGCUACCUCGUUCCAGGCGUCUGCCCACCCCAGUGACCAAGCCAGACAUGGUCCAUCUGGCCUGAGGAUCCCAGGUGUAAGCACAGCCCCAGAAAGAGCAACCACUGGACUUUUUUUCUUCCUUUAAGAGUCAGAGGUCACCUGUGAUUCCACCUGCACCUUAGCAUUGAUGUGCAGGGAUUUUCUGCAGAUCAAGAGAACCUCUGCAGGGCAAUCCCCUAUUUCCUAAGAACGAAAUGUGCAAUAAAGCCCGUUCUUUGCCUCCUCUUCAGCAGCCCAGGGGAUGUAGCACUGUCAGUGUUCCCUCAGAGGCCUCAUGUUGCCUGUGGAGCAGUGCCUGGCCCACCCCGUCCUGUUGACCACCUGUUCUCAGGAACUUCACCCAUGCCCCAGAGUUUACCUGGCACAGGCCUUGCAAGGUAAAGAGGGCAGGCACAUGGUCAGGUGUCCUCUCUCUCUUCUGAUAAAAUCCAUCCUGUGUUUGCCACAUGUCCUCUGGUCCUCAGUUCCCACUGCCUAAUGUCUGCUCAAGCAUAGAUACUGGGAGGUGGUGGCAGUAAUUGUGGCCUUAUCAGCCGUCGAUGUCCAUGCUGUUGCCCAAGUUACAGCUGUCCUGUGUUUCCAAGAGCUCAGCCCACCUGACUCUGGCUGGACACUGCCUUGACUUCUUCAUCCACCCCAUCCAAUUGACAUUCGUUUCAGAAGCUGCUCUUCUGGCCGUUUGGGCUUUGAUCUUUUGGGCUUUUGACUGCUCUGUAGGUUUUGGUUGGCAAAGUCUGGUACCCUCUCCUUCCCAAGGGGCCCAGAUAACACUCUCUGCUCAACUCCACAGGUGUGUGAGAGCUGCGGAUCCUCAAGGGGGUGACAAGGUGGUGCGAGCUGCCCCUAACAGCACAGGGCUUGGGGGUGGCUAGUAGGGGAGAGGCCUUGCAGUGCCAGCCUGCCUCCAACUCUUUCUCCAGAGGGCUUCAAAGCCAAACCAACAGCCUUUUCAUGUGAAACAUCUUCAAAGUGGAAAAGGGGCCUCCUCUGGCUUUGCUAGCAAUAACUGACCUUCAGCUUACCCUUCUGAAGGAGCAGGGACUCGGCACAGAAUUCACUUUAAACGGGGCUGAAGGAGUGUUCCUCCUCUAUGUGAAAAGAAAAUCAUUUUAUUCUUCAUUUUGACUUUUUAACUGUUUGGCUCACUUCCAGUUAGUUUGAAUGAAAGUAAUAAUUUUCUACUUGGAGUUGAGGAGGGCAGGACAUCAGUUCUCAUCAGUGUGAUGUGCAGUGAGUCUGCCUUUUGAUUGGACAUCAUUGCCAUUAAGUUCCUUUUGGGCUUCAUGGAAACACUGUUUUGUUUCUGACGAUACCCAGACUUCAGGAGCCAAGAUGACCAUGCAGCCAAAAUCUCUUAAGUUUUAUGCUUGAGGACAAAUGGUUGAUCAUAAAAGUUAUAUUCCUUCAUACUAAAUUAAAUUAGGAAAAAAUGUUUAGUUUCUAUUCAAAAACUGCAAAAUAGGAAAAGGUUGAUAUGAAAACAAUCCCUUUCCUUUCCUCAAUGUACAUAGUUCAGAUCUUUCUUUGUUACAUUUAAACUAUAUCCAUGUACGUCAGUCUGUUUUGGACUCCUCUGCUAGUGUUACAGAUGAAAAUAAAACCAUUAAUUUGAA